UGGAAAGAACAGACAGACUAGUAGCACAGAGCUGUGUUUGCGAGCGAAGCUCCAUUACUAACAGCAGUAGAAGCGGCAGUGAUGGGGAAGAAGACUCGCACAGGCACAGGCAGAAGAACCAUAUUACAGCUUUCACCGCCAAAACCAAACCGCAACGCCACCGGAGAAGCAAGAGAGGACGGAGUCGGCUCUGGAUCCGAAGACGAACCUGAGGGUAACACAGAUGGGCAGGCAAUCCCGAGAGACGUAAACCUAGGAAUGAAGACCCCAGCUGUGAAGGCCACACAGGGUCUGUCUUUGCUUGGAGCCUAUGAAGACAGUGAAGAAGAAGAUGCGACAGAGAACCCUGCGACUGCCACAAAGGCAAAACAUAACCAGUCUGCAGACAUAGACAGCACACUUGCCAAUUUUAUGGCGGAAAUUGAUGCAAUUACCACCCAGCCGACCCAAACAGAUGAAUCAGGGACAGAGCCCAGUGCUCCAGCCCCAACCCCUCCACGUCCUGAACCCAAAACAGACCAGCAGGCUCAUGCUGAGAACAGCUCCACGCAAGAAUUUGAAUACAACACGCAAUACUCCCUUGCAGGAGCUGGGUUGGAGAUGGGUGACUGGCAGGAGGUGUGGGAUGAAAAUACUGGCUGUUACUAUUAUUGGAAUACUCAGACCAAUGAGGUGGCCUGGGUGCUCCCGCAUUACCUGGCCGACCAAAUGCAGAGCUUACAUUAUGCGGAUAGUUCAUCUGUAAAUGGUAAUGGUGUGGCAGAGCAUAGCAAUGUUUAUACUGAACAGCAGUCUGUUGCACCUGCCCCCACAUCAAAGAGGGAAACCAAAAAGAAGGAAGUAAUAGAGAGUGUUGUGGCUUUGACCAGCGAAGAGGAGGAGAGUAGGGGUGUUGCAGCUACUCUCCUAGCUCCCCUAAUCCCAGAGGAGGUGAAGGAAGCAGAAGAGAAGUGGAGAAAGAAGGUAAUGGCCAUAGAGGAUACAGUUGAAGCAGCCCAGGAUCUGGAGGUGGAAGCGACUCCAUCUUUGAACUCCCCGGCUCUCCAGGACAUGGACAGCCAAAGUAACCAGCGCAGCAGAAACCACUCCGCAGAAUCUUCUGACAGGGAGGAGGCAGAAGAGGACACCAUGGAUCUAGAACUAGCAUUAGAGAGGAAAAAAGCUGAGCUUCGAGCCUUGGAGGAAGGUGAUGGCAGUGCUGGUGGUUCCAGCCCCUGUUCUGAAACCAGUCAGGAGGGGCCUCGCAACAUACUUUUGAAGAAGAACAAAUGGAAGACAUCCUUUCUUCGCGCACCAAGCCCUGACUCGAGCAGCCGGGGCUCAGACAAAGCAGGAUUGGGCACUCCUGAGUGCUCCGAUAAUGCACAUUCCAAAACAACAGAGAAGCAAGGGGAAGAAGAUGAAAAGGAGAAGUCUGUAUCCAAAACACUUCAAAAGGAAGAAGAGGACCUCAAGUUUCAGAUCGGAGAACUUGCCAACACACUCACCAGCAAAAUGGAGUUCUUAGGAAUUGACAAAAAAGCCAUCUCAAACUUUCAACUGCUGUUGCUGCAAACAGAGACGCGGAUUGCAGACUGGCGAGAGGGCGCUCUGAAUGGAAACUAUCUCCGCCGCAGGCUGCAGGAAGCCGCAGAGCACAUAAAACAUUACGAACUUAACGCCACUCCCAAAGGCUGGUCCUGCCACUGGGACAGAGAGCACAGGCGGUACUUCUAUGUGAAUGACCGGACCAAUGCCUCCCAGUGGGAGUUUCCAGUUGUGGAGGAGGGAGAGGAAGCUAAGCAAUGCCUGCCACCCACAGCUGGCCCUGGAGACACCAGUCAUCCAUCUGCUGAAGCUGUUGGUGGUAUCAUAGGAACUUCCAUGGCAGAAAUGCAUUCAUAUUGGUCGGUUCCCCAGCCUCCUCAACCUCCCCUGCCUCCACUUCCUCCAGAAGAUCCGCCCCCUCCACCUAUGGAGCAACCACCACCACCACCUCCACCUCCUGAAUCCCCUCCUCCACCCCCUCCACCACCCCUCAGUGAUGACGGAGAGAUUGAGGAAGUGGAGAUGGAGGAUGAGGAGUCAGAACCUCCGGCUCCUGGAACAGAAGAGUUCAAGGCGGCUGAGGCAGCAGCUUCUUUGAUGGUUGUGGCUAAAGGUCAGAAGCGCAAGUCACCAGGAUCAGGGCCACUAACCAAAACAGUCACCAUCGGCAGCAGCCCCAUUCUAUAUACUCAAUCAUGUGCCACAGCUGCCCCAGUUCUAGUUGGAAAUGCUUUCUGGGGAAUGACUACUGCAAUUGUACCUUCUCUGCCUGUUGAGAGCUUAACUCCACCAAUGCCAGUCCUACCAGCCCAACCACAACUACCUCCUGUUCCUGCGCCUCUUCCUCCCAGCAGCCUGGAACCAAGCAAAGUGCUUAUAGAUAAAACAAAGAAACAGAAGAAAGAGAAGUCCAAGAAAAGCAAGACGAAAAUGCCAUCCCUAGUGAAGAAGUGGCAGAGCAUUCAGAAAGAGCUAGAUGAAGAAGAGAAGUCAAGUUCCAGUGAUGAAGAUCGAGACCAGCUGAACAACAGACGCAUAGAGGAUUGGAAACAACAACAGCUUGCUUCGGGAAAAUCUGUAAAGAACGCUAACUUCGAAGUGCUGCCUGACGAUUGGAGGCAAAGACUUCUAAAGAAAAAGAAGAUGAUGCAGAGUUCAUAACACCAGACUGGGAAACUUUGAAUAAGAGUCUUCAUCAGGGGUGGACGGAACUGUGUCAUAGUGUCCAAGUUACUAACCUUCAUUAAGGACUUAGUUGGACAAAUCUGAAUGAAUGUUUCUUUUUAUAUGUGUGCACAUACUUGGGUAAACUCUGUCUGUUAAAUUCAAAUCAUCAUCUCAUGAAUAGAGGUAUACUAAGGUUAUAGGAUGCUGUAAAAUGUUAACAGCCUUUAAUUUGCAGAAUGUUUUAAAGCUGCAGUGAACCAGGCCCCACGUGUACAGCAUUUUUUUCCUUCUACUUUUUGUACUCGCACCCGUGAAACCUGUGUAUGAUUUAUUCACAAAAAUACUGAAAUCAUAUUAAAGGACUGUCCCAUUUCUCAAAUAUCUCAGAUCUGUUGUCUUGGAAUAU